CACACACACCCACGAUGGGUGUGUAUACUGUAUGUGAGUGCGACGGAGCGCAAUAUUUGAGCGGACUCGAAGCGCAGAAAACACGGAACCAUACAUAAAGAGAGAAAUAAAUAAGGAUUCGAGCAUUGAACCGAUCAGGGAUCUACCUACACGGAAUCAUAAGGAUUGAGUCUCCGACAGAAGCCUUUUUCCUUUAGAACUGCUGCCAUAGACGAUUCAUCUGCAUGGUCCAGCAUCUUGACAGAGACUGAUUUAUAUAUGCAUUAAAAACAGCUCGUUUUAAAACCCGCUAAUUCUAUCGUUAUCUUUUGUAUCUGAUUAUUGUUCUAACUGACUCCACAAUCAAGGCUUCGUGACAGUGGCAAUGGUAAGCCUAAUACACAUUUAGCCUUCUUCUCUGAUAUACGACCUGAAGGACUGCAGUGGAAGACGGGUUUCCCUGGGAUACGUUUGGAUCUUUUUUCCUAUCGUCGUAGGGGACUCGAGCAGCAUCCACUUGUAUUUUGAAACAUUGAAUCUGUUCUAAUGGCCGUCUUUUAUUCUUGACACCUCUGUCCAGAAGGGAGAAUAUCAUCAAUUAUUUUAUACAUUGUCGCUAUUAUCAGCUAUGAUGUAGACGCUCACGUCUAAUCCGUCUUCAUCAGUGUUAAUUAGCCUAUUGAGUAUUAAUUACGAUCAACACACAGGACCUUCUUGCGAUUUCGGUCAUCAAAAUGCCGGCUGGAAUGAAGCCUCUUGAAAAGUUCUUGAAGAAGCAGACCAACGCACUCACGCGGGCCGGUGGUUUCGGGGACAAGGCCACCGGCACCGGGGCAUCGAGGCGGCGGGCCAGCCUGUCCCGUGUGGUGCCGUUCUUCAGGGAGACGUCUCCCGAGAGCGGUCCGGCCAGGGAGGUUUUCAGUCCGGAGACAGAAGAAGCGCCAUGCUGGCCCUCCGCCACUGCAGACAUUAGAAGCCCGUCGCUGUCCAGCGACGAGCAGAGCUCAGAGGCGAGUCUGGACACGAAUUGGACGCCGCUGCCCGCAGACACUCCAGAUAAUCUAGCGCUGGCGCUGCUGGACAGUGUGGCGGGAAAGCGGUACGGCAACUGUACAGAAAUAUUUCUGGAUGACUUCAUGCUGACACACCCAAUCUUCCUUGCCCCAGACAAGUUCCAGCAGGUCUUGCUUCAGCAAUUCAGUGCAGAGGGCAAGCAGGGUGAGGGCUGGCCCGGCUGGGAUGGAGCGGAGCGAAAACUUGCAGUGCUGACUGUUGCCUUCCGCUACCUGGACACAUACAGAGACUUACUGCAGGAGGAGGGAGACCGAUCCAACACCUUCCCAAAGGAGCUGUAUUUGUGUGCUGUUCAGGAGCUCAGCCGCUCUCCUGAACUGGUGGAGGACGUCCUGAAACUUCAGCGCUGGGCUGAGAUACUACAAAGUCCGGUGGAGGAGGACAAGGAAAGUCGUAAGAAGCAAGUACGUCCACUCUUCCGACAUUUCAGACGUAUCGACGCCUGCCUGCAGCCCCGAGAGGCUUUCCGUGGCUCGGAUGAGAUAUUCUGCAGGGUUUAUACGCCAGAUCACUCAUACGUGACCAUUCGAAGUCGCCUGUCGUGCCGUGUUGGAGAGAUCUUGGCCCUUGUGAGAGAGAAGCUCCUGUAUAGCGAGGAUCAGCCCACCCAACCUGCCAACCUCAUACUGGUAGCCGUCACAUCGUCUGGGGAGAAGGCUGUGUUCCGUCCAAGUGACGAGGCCGUUUUCACCACCCUGGGUGUCAACACCCACCUGUUCGCCUGUGAACCCUCUGAGCUGGAGAGCCUGAUACCUCUCCCUGAGGAGAUCCACUGGUCACCAGGCGACAGCAAACUCCAUGACAUGAGCGCUGAGGAAGUGGCCAAUCAGCUGGUUGUGUUUGACUGGGAACUCUUCAGCUGUGUACAUGAGGUGGAGUUUAUAUGUUACGUGUUCCACGGGGAACAGGCUCGCUGGCGCCCCCUCAACCUGGAACUGAUCCUGCAGCGAUGCAGUGAAGUGCAGCACUGGGUCGCCACAGAGAUUCUGCAGUGCCAGUCACUUCCGAAGAGGAUACAACUACUGCGCAAGUUUAUAAAGAUUGCAGCCUUAUGUAAACAGCAGCAGGAUCUGCUGUCUUUUUUGGCACUGGUUUUGGGACUGGACAACCCUGCAGUCAGCCGCCUACGUCUCACCUGGGAAGGUUUGCCUGGAAAGUUUCGGAAGCAAUAUCAGCAGUUUGAGAGCAUUGCGGACCCAUCCAGGAACCACAAGUCAUACAGAGACCUUCUAGCCAGCCUGAGAGCUCCACUAAUACCCUUCACUCCACUGCUGCUAAAGGAUCUGACCUUCCUCCAUGAGAGCUGUAAGACUUUCCAUGGGGAACUGGUAAAUUUCGAAAAGAUGCACAAAGUGGCCGAGAUGGUUCGAAGCAUCAGGCGGUAUAGGAGCUCUCAGCUAGCAAUGGAGGCAGAGCCGUCCCCUUCUCAUCUUCAGACAAAAGCGUAUGUUCGGCAACUUCAGGUCAUCGACAAUCAGAACCUGUUAUUUGAGAUGUCCAGCAAAAUGGAGCCAAAAGACAUGUGAAGGGACCAAGCUCACCUACAAGCCAUAUCUACAAAACCCUCUUGAUCCUUUUAAUAACACCUAGACACCCACCUUUCAUUCUCUAUUCUUCACAGACCAACCCAGCUGGACUGUCAAUCAUCUCAGACUCUGACUGAACAAGGAGAAUUUUUCAUGAUGUGAAUUGUGAUUUGAGUGAAUCUGUGUCAAUGUUAGUUAUGACCUCCCAUUAGGUUCUUGGUUUAGCUUCCACCUUUUUUGUUUGUGCUGUUUAGGACUGAAAGGAAAGCUUUCCUAAUUGCACUGCCAUUAGUUGGACUGAACCAAACUGACACCCAUCCGGGUCACCGGUAUAAGCUUAAUAUGUACAUUUUUCCAUCCGGGUCGGCAGAAGCACAGACUGUGUUUCCCCCUCAAACAUCAGACAAUCUGACCUCUUGAACUUCGACGUUCAGUCUUCCCUCCUCCACCGCCAACAUUGGCACUUACUGCAACCCUUUGCGACUUGGUUGCAUUAAUUAGAUGUUAGUGUUCUGUACCAAAAAAUAAAUAAGUAAAUAUAGGAUCCCCAGCCAUCAAAUCCACUUCAGUCCACAAGUCCCAAAUCCAAGACCAGCUCCUACGUACUAGAAGCCAAACAAGACACUCACCUGGUCACACUCUUCACUUAUUUAAGAUUGAUAACAGACCAAAAACAAGUGACCAAAUGCAGUAUUUUUAGCUUGUUUUUAAGCAUUUACAGAACCUCUCAUUUCUUUAUUUUGAACCUCUACUAUACUGUCAAUAUGGAUCGUUCCUGGUGGCCCAACCUAGUUUCAAAUGUAGAACUUUACACAGUCAGGCACUUUUUGUCAGUAUGUCCUUGUGUUAUGUUGAAAGGGCCGACAGUAAACAGGAAAGUCAAGGGAAAAGUACAUUUUGUAAUUGGAUAAGAAUCAGUUUACUUGACCCCAAAUUUUCUCUUGAACUGCCAUAAGCAAAGACAAAAUGGGCUCAGAUCAGGUGAAAAACUGUACGGGAUGACUUGUCUUGGAUUGGACUCUCUCAGGAUCUCCUCCUGAAGUCAUACAUUAGACUGCCUUUAAGGCUGCAGUGUACAAAUGUAAAUACUGGAAAUAAAUAUGAAUAUUACUCUAUUUUAUGUAAGAGCUAUGAGAUGGACUCUCAAGAAGAAUUUUUGUUUUGUAAAUCUAAGAAAAAUUGUAUGUGUACAGUUUAAAAGGCGACAACCCGGACAGAGUCAGAGGUUUUGCGAUGAAAGAAUUGUAUAGCAUAUUUGCUGGUUUUGUUGUUUCCGUUUGAUAUCAUUUGUUAUCCAUUACAGAUGACUUGUACAUAUCCUCUGUUUUGGUUGCAUAGGUUCUUUUUUGCAUUGUCUGUCUGCAAUGGAUGAUUUGUACAGCAUGUUGGUGGUAUAGUUGGAUUCUACUGUUAUUAUUUUGUUAAAGUUUUCUCAUUGUUUUAUUUGAUCUUUUUAAAGCGGGUAUUAUCUUGUUGUUUUGGUUUUGUACAGAAGUCCGUGUUUACAGUGCAAUUCUCUGAAACUCAGACAUGUUCAUAUGAGAUCAAAAGCAUUUAAAAUAAAGCCUCUUGUGAUGCGCACUUGAGAGAUUGC